CUUUGUAUUCUAUAAUUACAAUAUAUAUACUAUCUCUAUCCUCUUCAUCUUGCCAUUUACAUACGAACAAACGCAAUUCUCAUCUCCCCUUCUCAUUUCCAACUUUUUAUCCUUGUUUGGCCCUUUACUAUUAUUAUCAUUAUUAUUAUUAUUAUAUCUAUAUAUCUAUUACCCCUUUCAUUUCAGCAACCAAAUAGGCCAGUUUUCUCUCAUGGCAAACCAAGGUGAGGCGGCGAGGAACAUGGUGGACCCGGAGAAGCAGAGGCUGCUCAUAAGCCAGCACAGAGAAAAGCACUUCAACGCCGGCGAGGUUGUCCGUGACAUCAUCAUCGGAGUCUCCGACGGCCUCACCGUCCCCUUCGCCUUGGCUGCCGGCCUCUCCGGCGCCAAUGCCUCGUCUUCUAUUGUCCUCACUGCCGGCAUCGCCGAGGUCGCCGCCGGCGCCAUUUCCAUGGGACUUGGCGGAUACCUGGCUGCCAAGAGUGAAGCUGAUCACUACCUGAGGGAGUUACGAAGAGAACAGGAAGAGAUAAUAACCGUUCCAGAAACAGAGGCGGCAGAGGUAGCUCAGAUUCUGGCAGAUUAUGGGAUAGAGCCACAUGAAUAUGCACCUGUUGUUAAUGCUCUCAGGAGAAAGCCCCAAGCUUGGUUGGAUUUUAUGAUGAAAUUUGAAUUGGGAUUGGAGAAGCCAGAUCCAAAGAGGGCAUUGCACAGCGCCAUCACAAUCGCCGUUGCUUACGUCUUGGGAGGUAUUUUGCCCCUCACUCCUUACUUCUUCAUUCCGAGGGCGUCCGAGGCUGUGGUUGCCUCCGUCGUCUUAACCUUAGCAGCGCUGCUGAUCUUUGGCUAUGCAAAGGGUCACUUCACCGGUAACAGACCCUUCUUGAGCGCCAUUCAAACCACUCUCAUUGGCGCCGUCGCUUCAGCCGCCGCUUUUGGCAUGGCAAAGGUUAUCAAACAUUGAGGUCUUUAGCCUUUUUGACAGUCGUUUUAAGGGAAGUUUCUAGCUUGUAAGACCUUAUAAGUUUUCGGAUAUCCGGUUAAUUUCUAUGUUUGAUUCUUCCUCAUCAAUUUUUGCUACUUUCUACUUUCCUUGGCCUUUCUUGGUUUCCUUUAGUUACUUCUAAGAUAAUCACCCCGGUUAAUGAUGUAUAGCAAUUUAAGUUAGCUAACGACCAUUAAUCAAGUUAGCAUUUCUAUAUUCCUUUCGUCAUUAUAGAAAGAGGGUGCUUCCCGAAAAAAAAAAAAAAAAAAAAAGAACUAAGUUAGCCCUUUGCAGAUACUCGGUGGUCCUUGGAAUUGCUGUUAUAGCUGAGGAGACUAGAAGAUAUAAAGUAAACCACUAGAUUUUUUUUUAUUAGCAAAAAAAACAAAAAAGACCAGAGCUGGAAAAAGAGGAUAUGGAUGAAAGAGAGUAAUUUAUAGUGUCAAGCUUUUUAAAACCCGAAGAAUGAAUUCCCACACAUUUUGUGAAGUUUUUUCUUUUUUAAAGCAAGUUCAUGCAUCACAAUACAUAUCAGAAGUUA